AUGGGUCAAAUCGCUCAGCAAAUAGCAUCAAGUUCUCAAGCACAAGGUGUUCUACCUAGUGCAACUGUGCCCAAUCCUAGAGAGCAUCAUAACGUGAGCGUUGUGACAACACAAAGUGGUAAAUCUGAGGAAGUUGUUGAGGAAGUGAAUGAAGAGGAAGACCAAUUGAUCGAAGUGGACCUUGAGAUCAAAGAAAAUGAAGUUUUUAGAGAAGAAGUAGUAGCACCGAAACCGGUUGUGAAAGAAACAGUCAUUGAGCCCAAGCCGGUUGUUAAGCUCCCGUUCCCCACGAAAAACAAGAAAAAAGGACAACAUGACAAAAAUUUUGAAAAAUUCUUAGAGUUGUUCAAGAAGCUGGAGGUUAACAUUCCUUUGUUGGAGGGUAUGAAGAUUUCGAUAAAGAAGGAAGAUCGAGGAGCUGUUACCAUCCUGUGUAUUAUUGGAGAUAGGUCGUUCAACAAAGCUCUUAUUAAUCUGGGAGCUAGUGUGAGUCUCGUGCCAUUAUCCAUUUACAAGAAGCUUGGUAUAUGGGCAGUGCAAGAUACCAGGAUGACACUCCAAUUCGCAGAUCAUUCGGUCAAGAAAUCGUAUGGUAUUGUUAAAGAUGUCCUGGUGAAAAUUGACAAGUUUGUAUUUCCGAUUGAUUUUGUAAUUCUAGAGAUGUCGGAAGAUGAAUAG